AUGGGUGUGAGUAAACUAGAUGUCUUAUACAGGCGCCUACUUCUCACUAAGCUUUUUAUUCAAGGAUGGGGAAGACCAGAAGACUUGAAAAGGUAGUUAUGCUCACUCAUGCUUAUAUUCCAGAUUGGUGUACAUGCUCUGUUUUUAAAUUUCAAAAAAUAGUACCCCCAAAGCUUAUAUUCUGAGUGCACGCUGAAAGGUUAAAACAGUUUUCUUAUACUGUAUGAAGGAAAAGUUAGAAAAGCAUUUGUCUCAAAUUGAAGGGUAAUAUUUGUGUUAAUACAUGUUUAAAUUUAAAGACUGGUGUCACAUUAAAAAUAAACAAAGCUUGUACAGGAGUUAUUAAUGUUAACAUUGGAUAUUAUAACAUCCUAGGUAGGGGUGGAAUUAAAGAUUAUUCAGACCGAACAGAGACAAAAUUAUAAAACACAUUUUUGUGUCUUGUGUGUAGUAAUAGCUGAAACUUAACACUAUUUUUUUGUCAUUAACAGAAUAUUUGCAUUCAGAAAGAUUAUUGGAAACAGAGAAAAAUGUCAAAAUCUGGUUUCAAGAGACUAUCCAGUGCACAUCAACAAGGUAUUAGGUUGCAUUUAUUUUUAAUUAGUUUAAGAUUCUAUGCAGAUUUGUAAUCCUGAUUAUGAAAAAGGAUGAAUGAGAAAGGAACCUAUGCUUGGUAAUCUGCAUGUUGCUAGAAUUCACUAGAUAUUAGUGGAAGGGCUGUAGCUCAGAGGUAGACCAUCUGCCUUGUGUGCAGAAAAUCCUUGUUUCAAUCUCCAGCACCUUCAGGUAGGGUGCAGAUAUAUUCCCUGCCUGGAGAGUUGCUGCUAGUCAGUGUAGAUGAUACUGAGAUAGAUAGACCAAUGGUCUGACAUGUUAUAAGGCAGCUUCCUCUGUCCCACCAAAUGUACUUGUUAAUGUUUGACAGCUUCAGUAAGAAUGCAAUGUUGUUACUGUAGGUUGAAGAGCAGUCAGACUGUAAGAUCCUUGAUGGGCAGUUCAUUUCCCCCUUGGCUCAUUAUGUUCCAGAUAUCAUGCCACCAGAAUCCAUCACAGCAAGGUAAGGACAGGCACCUAAUGUAAGUUACGAAAUUACAGAGAGUGAGAUGAGAUGAAAUGCUGAUGAAAAGGUGACACAUACGUGUGUUAAUUUUGAAUAAGGAUAGGUUUGCAUGUUGGCUAGGGCUUUGUCUGCACUGAGUGCCACUGGGAACAGCUCCUUACCUUACAUGCUGAGAGCUCCUCUUGAAAUUUUUGUCCCAGUAAGUAUAAUACUACGAUUAAAAAGGUCCUAACUAAACUUAUGCAUGCCUUAAGGGACAUUUUAGAUCCCUGUACAAUGUUUUUUUCCCCCAUACACAUGUGCCAGUUAUUCUGGAUUUGCAUUUGAUUGGAGAAAUGCCAUAUAUGAUGGCUAGCAGCAGUUUUAAUUAUCACGGUAGCUGGAAAACAUUUUCUGCAAUCAUGCUUAUUACUUAAGAGUGGGGAAAUGCAUUACUAGUCCUUGAUGUAAAACUUUGUGUGAUAUUAGCUGCUAGUCUGUUAACUUUAUUUCAUGUAGGCAUAGUUUUUAAAUGAUUGCUUUCUAUUUGAUAGGUUUCAGUUUUUAGUACCCAAGCUAUGGAACAGCAAAUACAGACCAGUGUGCAUUCAUUUAGCAGGCACUGGCGACCAUGUAAGCAUACAACAUUACUUCAUUAAUGCUUUUUUAAAAAACCUGUUACACUUGUUCUCUUUAAUUUAAUCUUAUUAAACUUUUGUCUCUUUAGUACUUUUGGAGACGACGCACAUUAAUGGCCCGUCCAAUGAUCAAAGAGGCCUGCAUGGCUUCACUGUUGUUAGAAAAUCCUUAUUAUAUCCUUUAUAUUAAGCAAAAUGUAUCUGUGAAGCACAGAUCUAGAGAGGAAAGAUGCUGCUGCCUAGUCAUGUGCUUAGUUCCAACACUAAUAUGGUGAAUGGAUAUGUCAAAUAUGUAAAAGCAUAUGAAAUGUAAACCAUUUAUAUGUUUCCUGUAUAGAUUGGUAGCUUGGAAAUUGACAAAACUAUAGUAAAUGACCUGUAAGUGACCUAAUGAUUAUACUUAAGUAUGUGUGGUUCUGUUUGAAAAGAAAUCAUAUAGUCUGUGGAUAUUUUGCAACUCUUAGAUCUCCAAAAGCAUAAAUAACUCAAAUUAAUGUUGUGUGUAUGUAAUCAUAUAUAAAGUUAAACUAUGUGCAAAUAGACUCCAGGGCAUCAUUAUCUAAAAUUAGACACAUUUUAAAUGCAGCUUGGGGAGGGCAUGAGGAGCAUUUAGAGAGAAAAAUAAUAGGAAAAGAAUGCAUUGCCCCACUUGAUUGCCAUGUUUUCAUUUGGCUUGUCACAGUUAAGAGAUUCAGUUUCCAAAUUACCAACCAGCAGUCUUUCAUAAAAUAUUAGUUUUCUGUCUCCCUGUUUGAGGCCGCUGCAUUAAUUUAUCUAUCAAUAAAUCUGAGGUUUUUUUUAAAUCCAAUCCUCUUCUGUUGGCGUUUUGAUAACACAAAAAUGGAAAUCUGUCACCAAUUGGGCAGCUGUUAACAAAUUCUGAAUUACUUUCUUAUAGAGAUAUUAUAUUUAUCCCAUGAUGUAGCCCAAGAGGGCAAAAAUUUAAUUCACAUAUUAUAAUUUUCUUAAUACUAGUUGGCAGCAAUUAAACAUUCAGAAUGUUUGUGUGGAACGUGUCUGGAUCAUGGCCAUUAUUCUAAGCAAUGUUACUGAAAUUCCUAAUAAAGCAGUAAGACAAGUUUUUCAUAUUGCUGUUUAGUUAUAUAUAAUGACUUGCCUAGAUAAGUCAUUCAAUGAUUGAAAUGUUACGCAUGUGUGAACUCAAAUCUCCUAUGUCUAACAUAAUGUAUGAGCUCAGAUUAAAGGUAAAAGUAAAGGGACCCCUGACCAUUAGGUCCAAUCGUGAUUGACUCUGGGGUUGCUGCGCUCAUCUCACUUUAUUGGCUGACGGAGCCGGCGUACAGCUUCCGGGUCAUGUGGCCAGCAUGACUAAGCCACUUCUGGCGAACCAGAGCAGCGCACGGAAACGCCGUUUACCUUCCCGCCGGAGCGGUACCUAUUCAUCUACUUGCACUAUGACAUGCUUUCAAACUGCUAGGUUGGCAGGAGCAGGGACCGAGCAACGGGAGCUCACCCCGUCGCGGGGAUUCAAACCACCGACCUUCUGAUCGGCAAGUUCUAGGCUCUAUGGUUUAACCCACAGCACCACCCACGUCCCUCACAUUACCUCCUGUUUAAUUGUUAAAUUGCAAGCCUAAACCCACACAGUUAAAAUAACUUUUAUUUUAGUGUGCACAUUUAUUUUUUAAAAAAAACCUUUAAAUAUAAAUUGUAAUGAAAAUGUUGAGGCUCAAAAGGUAUAUACAUUUCCAUAUUAAUUUCUUUGACUCUUAUCUGUACAUGGAUGCAGAAAACCCAAGGAUCAGUUGUAAGUAUUAGCAGUGUACUGUAUUCUGAGAUACAUUUAGGAAAUAUACUGCUUAAAAUUUACAAGUUAUAUCUUAUUUCUGAUGUAUCGUGUUUAUUUGACUUUAUUCCUUUUUGCGAGAAACUCAUUUUAAGCCACAAUGGUCAAUAAUACAAAUAGGAAUAUUGCAUUCUGCCACUUUAGGGGCUACAUAACCUUUUAAAGUUGCUACCUUCUGCAUACCUUGAAUGUGAGACGGUUUUGGUAACUGUAUUAAUGCUGAAUGUCUUCAAAUCCUUUAUAUAAGCUAUUUCUAGAAAUAACCUUGUUCCAAGUAUGCAGCGACUUGGUGUUGCAAGAUGUUCAGAUGUAUGAAAACUAGGUCAUUUCAUAGAGUGCCAAUCGCUGUAAAUAAAUUUCACAGUGAAGGCUUUAUGCGGCUGUAGCAUUUCACUUGUUUCUUUUGCCAACCAUUUUGAGUGAAUAGUGGCAGCUUUCCCCAACUGAGAAGGGGAGGAUAAUACAUUCCUCAUCUCUGCAUUCUUCCCUUCUGUUUCCCCAAAUUAGCAAAGUGCUCUGAACAAGCAUAGCAUGAUGGAUUCCAACCAGGCACCAGAGCUAUCCAUCGUAAAGUUAAAUUGUUGCAGUAUACUUGUAAUACUUCACAGCAGACAAAACUGCUGUAUAGCUACAGUACUUGGAAAAUAAAUCCUGUACUGUAACUUCAAUGCAGGUAUCUCUGCAAAACAAAUUUGUUUAAUACUGUAGCACAUUUGAAAUUCUGGCCUUAAUAGUAAUUGUAGCUUGAUUGAUAAGUUGCACAAAGUCCACAGCUUUUCUUCAUCUGGCAUUAUCAAUAUUUUGAGGCCUUUUUGUCAUAAAGCAACUUUAUAAAGAAAAUAUUUUACUUUAUUGGCCAAAAUCCAUUGCUGGCAGUUUUGUGUGGACUGUGCUCCUGUUAACUGUAGUUCAAAUAGCUACAAUAAAUAGUUGGGCCAGUUUGUCCCGGCAGCAGCUACUAGGUUUAAAUAUAAUCAUAAUCCUGCAUCAAAUUAAAUGAGAGAGAGUUUUCAUGAGGACAGUGAUCUGAAUUGUAGAAGAUAUGAUUAUAGGUACAUUUGUUAAUAUACAUAUGUAAAGUUUGCCUUUCUUUUCUCGGGAGAAAAGAAGAUCAUGUCUAAAAAAUGUCUCUGACCUGUUUGUCAUGGGAGGAGCUCUUGUGCUAGAAUCAGCUGUUCUUCUGCACUGGUUAGAAAGAGAAGGCUAUGGACCCCUUGGGAUGACAGGAAUAUCCAUGGGAGGACAUGUAAGAACCUUUAUUUGAAAAAUAGUAAAUCACUUGAAGCUUACAUAUGUCUAUCAUUAGCUGGUUUUAAGUGUUGUAAAAUAAGUUACAGUAUAAGUGAGUUAUCUAAAUCACAUGACAUAGACAUGAAAAAUGGCCUUACAUUUUCAUAUUCCAUUAAAAUGAAUACUGAAUAUAGUUUGAUCAAAUUCUUAUUAAAUUUCAAGUUUAUGUCCUGGUAUACAUCCCAGGUACAAACCCAUGAAACAUAAGAAGUAUUGUUGGCGUAUCACUUACCUUAGACAAGUCUGUCUCAGCAAGUCUGUUGUGAAGAUUAAACAAGAACCUUACUUAUGUUACUCAGUGAUCCUUGGAAAAAGGACCUUAGGAUUUGUAUUAAAGAGGGAAGGAGGAUUCCUUGGAAGAAGGAUUUGUAUUGGAUGCAUACAUAAUGAUUAAAAUUAUGAAAUGCUUUUCAAAAUCUGAAGUUUUAGAUGAUAUUUUUAUAUAAAUGCCACUUAAGUUUGUUGUGAAUAAAAUCUGGAAGGGGAAAGAACUGGGAAGGGUUUUUUGUAUUCUAAAAUAUGUUGAGGGGUGAAAGCUAUUUCUCUCAGGUAGUGAUUUCAUUUUACUUGUGCUUAUGAAAACAAAAUAAGUCUGUCGCUCCCUAAGGAAUUAUGAAACCAACUGUGUUGUAUAAUUUAUUUGAUUUGCAGUAAAUGCAUUGUGUGUUUAAAGAAAACAGAUAAAGAUUUACGUUAAAGGAUUUUGGAAGAAAAAUUCUGAGGUGACUAGUACAAUACAAAUCACAGGCACUAUUCAUCUUCGGUGACAAGCAGUAUGUAAUCUGAAAAAAAUAUUGUAUUGUCUUCUAUUUGACAGAUGGCAUCAUUAGCAGUGUCAAACUGGCCUAAACCGUUGCCACUAGUUCCUUGUCUCUCCUGGUCUACAGCCUCUGGUGUUUUUACUACGGUAAUCUAUUUGUAGUGUACAAUGCCAACAAGUGGGAAACCAAAAGGCUUCAAAGCCUUAUUAAUCAGGUUUGAUUUAUUGUUGGGAUAUUUCAUAGUAGAAAUACUUUGUGUUCUUGGGGUUAGGGUAGAGUUACCAAAUUUUGAAUUGAGGAGAAACUUUUUUAAAAUAGUUAUUCCAUCUCUCAGUACCUCCACAAACACUCCAUUUUUAAAAUGCUUUAUGAGGUAUGAAAGGCAGCUGAGUGAAACAUGCAAACCUAAAGCUUCCAUGGUUCUUUGAUCCUUGCCCUUGUUUGUAGAUGUGUCCAGAGAUGUUUUCACAACUCAUGGGGAAACUUUGCUAAAAUGAUAUAAAUUAAAAUUAUUUUUGUAUAGUUGGUUUCUUUAGAAUAAGAGUUCAUAAUGCCUUGUCACUGCUUUAUAAUGUCUUUAAUUUCAGGGUGUACUGAGCAAGGCAGUGAACUGGAGACAGCUUGAGAAACAGUAUUAUUCAGAGAGUGUUUAUGAAGAAGAGAUCAUUCAAAUGCUUGAAUAUUGUGGAGUAGGUAUAAUUUUAUUUUUCAUACUAAAUAUUAGCUGCACAGUUUCACCACUGAAAACAUGUCACAGUGCUCAAGCAUUUCAGCAAAAACAUUAGAUAUGAAACUAUAGGAUUUGUUAUACAAAUAUUCUUGUCAAAAGAUGCAUUAACAUUUUUUUUAAAAAAAUGCAUUACCCUUCUACUCUUUUUUAUUUUUACACUGGUGAAUGGUGGAUUGUGAGAGAGCUUGUCAAACUACAGUAUGUGGUUAGGAAGGAGCAUUUUCAUCGUAUGACUAGAACCAACCAGAGCAUUUAACCAGAAAAUUGAAUUUUUGGAUUGCUUUUGUAAAAAAAAAUACUGCAUUUCCUCUUACAUUUUGUAUGUUGGUUGCUAAACGGCUCCCAUGUUUGUUACAUGUUCACCAAAAAUUUAGUAAACAACAUAGCUGUUCAUAGAUGCUUAGAAAUUAUAACUAGGGAUUAUUUCUUGUUAUCAGGUUAUCAAAAACAUUAACGUAAGGAUGCAUAGGUAGAAUAUCAGAUGCUGUCUUUUCAAUAGGAUAAUGUAAUGGGCCACCUGUCUCAUUUCUCUUCAAUAAUAAUAAUAAUAAUAAUAAUAAUUUAUUAGGGACACGGGUGGUGCUGUGGUCUAAACCACUGAGCCUAGGGCUUGCUGAUCGGAAGGUUGGCGGUUCAAAUCCCCGCGAUGGGGUGAGCUCCCAUUGUUCAGUCCCAGCUCCUGCCCACCUAGCAGUUCGAAAGCACAUCAAAGUGCACCUUUACCUUUAUUAUUUAUACCCCACCCAUCUGGCUGGGUUUCCCUAGCCACUCUGGGCGGCUUCCAACUGAAUAUUAAAAACACAAUAAAGCAUCAAACAUUAAAAACUUCCCUAAACAGGGCCGCCUUCAGAUGUCUUUUAAAAGUAAGAUAGUUGCUUAUUGCCUUGACAUCUGCUGGGAAGGUGUUCCACAGGGCAGGCGCCACUAACGAGAAGGCCCUUCCUGGUUCCCUGUAACCUCACUUCUCACAACGAGGGAACCUCCAGAAGGUCCUCGAUGCUGGACCUCAGUGUCCGGGCUGAAUAAUGGGGGUGGAGACGCUCCUUCAGGUAUACAGUAGUACCUUGGUUUGCAACUGCUUUGUAUUGCAACUGUUUUGGAUUACAACCACGUCAAACCCGGAAGUGCGUGUCCCUUUUUUUGGAUUACAACCUGUGUUUUUUUUUGGAUUACAACCAAUUUUGGGGGGAAGGCCACAUUGGCGAAAGCACGCCUUGGGUUACAACCUGUUUUGGUUUACAACCAGACCUCCGGAAUGGAUUAUGGUUGUAAACCAAGGUACCACUGUACAGGACCGAGGCCGUUUAGUUCUCCUGACAGUGGCCAGAUGUUGGGGGGUUUUUUUAGACCACUGUUGCAGAAUGUGGAGGAGGGCUUCUUCUUCUUCUUUGGCGAUAACUCGUAGCCGAGUAAGAUUGUCCUCCGUGAACACAGUAUUAAUGGUGUGUCCCUAGGUGACUCUAGGAGGCCAAUUUUGGAUCCACACGUCCUUUUACAGUGGGUACAUGGGUUUCUGGAUGGGAGUUGAUCAUUGUGAGGGUUUGACAAACGUGCCUUCCUCUUCGCUUGUUUCUUCCUUUCAUCCUCAGUUUGAGUAUCUUCAAAGUCCAUGACACCUUUGGUAAAGGCUGUUCUCCAAUUGGAGCGCUUGCAGGCCAGUGUUUCCCAAUUCUCGGUGUUUAUACUGCAUUUUGUUAGAUUUGCCUUGAAAGAGUCUUUAAACCUCUUUUGUGAACCACCAGCAUUAUGCUUUUCAUUUUUAAGUUCGGAAUAGAGUAGUUGCUUUGGAAGACUAUAAUCAGGCAACCGCACAAAUGACCAGUCCAACGAAGUUGAUGUUGAAGAAUCAUUGCUUCAACACUGGUGAUCUUUGCUUCUUACAGUACACUGACAUUAGUUCGCUUCCCAAGUGAUAUGUAAAAUUUUUCAGAGACUCUUUUGAGGAUUUGGAGAUAGUGUUUAUAAGUGGUGCAUGUUUCACAAGCGUACAGUAAGAUUGGUAGUACAAUAGCUCUGUAAACAAGCAUUUUGGUUUCCCUGCAAAUGUCCUGGGCCUCAAACACUCUGCACUUCAAUCAAGAGAAAACUGCACUCACAGAGCUCAGGUGAUGCUGGAUUUCGGCAUCGAUGUCUGCCCUUGUGAAAAAAUAACUGCCAAGGUAGGAAAAAUAGUCAACAUUUUCCAACAUUACACCGUUAAGUUGGAUUUGUGGUGCAGCAGAAGGGUUGUUUUGUGCUUGUUGGUGCAGCACUUGGGUUUUUUGGAUGUUGAGCGAUAGGCCAAGCUUUUCAUAAACCUCUGCGAAGAUAUUUAGGGUGGUUUGGAGGUCAUGCUCUGAGUUUGGACACACUACGUCGUCUUCAGCAUAUUGAAGCUCUAUGAUGGAAGUUAUGGUAACCUUCCUCUUUGUUUUCAGCCUAACUUAAGAGUUUUCCAUCUGUUCAAUAUAUGAUUUCUACCCCGGUGGGGAGUUUCCCUUUGACAAUGCUCCUUGCACUCCUGGCUCUAUCCCUUUUAGUUAGGAAGUAAUUAUAGGAGGACUUGGAGAAAUGUGGCAGUGGCAGAAGAAGGGUUCUUUAUCCUCCUACUCACCUGCACAGUCUUUUCCAGCUGUUUCAUAUUUUGCAUAGGAAACAAAAAAGCAGUGACUAGAUGUGCUAGGAGGCCACUAAUGGAAGAUGCCGAGUUGUUGCCACAUCAAGUGACUGCUGGUAAAACUAUUCCCUGGAAUUUCUGAAGAUGAUGGAGAAUAGAAAACUUGGGUUUUUUGGUGUUUCCAAUGCUAGUUAUUUGUAAUGAGCUUCUAAAAUAUUGGGACUAAAAUGUCCUCCUCCUAGUAAGAAAAUUAUAAAUCAGUGGGAAAGUAUCUUGUUCUCUAGGAACAUUUAUUUUAUGUUAAGCAGAACUGACAACUACAUAUCUUGCAUAUUCCUUUACCCUUUCCGGUGGAGUUGGUACUGUAUGCGUUGCAAGUACUCAACGUUAGGUAACAGAAUACACACAACAGCCUAUAUUGUUGUAAACUGCUUGGGCUUUUUUUUAACAAUCAAGUGUUAUAUAACUUUUAUGAAAUAAAAUAAUGAAUAAAUAAUCCAUUUUCCAACCAAGUGCCCUCUAGAUACUUUGAGAAAGCCUAGUGUAGAAUGAGGAUGAUUUAAUCAUUUAUGAUAGGGGAGAGGACACUAUGUUGAGAUUUCUGCCUUUCUCUCUAAGGAUGCUUGUGGAUGUGCUUGCAUUUGCACAGAUUUCAAAUUUCUGAAAAUAAAUUCUACCCCACCCACCCCAGAUACAGUUAAAUUAAAAAUUGUUAACAUAGGGGUGCAUUCAUAAGGCAGUUUCAUAUAAGCCAAAGGUUGGGAUAUGUCACUUUAGUCUUUUCUAUGUUUACAUAGUUUAAGUGACUCACAUUAGAAAUUAAAUUGUUCUCAAGAUUCAACACUAUCAAUUGUACCUUAUAUAAUGUAAGAGAUAUUUGGUGUUGUAGUCACCAUAUAUUUGGGAAGUGUCUUGAGUUAAAAUAUAAACACUGCCAUAUUUUUUUAGAGCAGCGGUCACCAGCCGUGCCCUCCAGAUGUUGCUGCACUUCAGCUUCCAUCAUCCCUGACUUAGUAGCAUUCUAAGUAAAGUUCAUGGCAAUUGGGAGUCCCACUAGCAUCCAGAACGCACUACAUUAGAUACCCCUGGAUUAGAGUAAUGGAACAUCUAGCUCAUUCAAGAGAGCAAAUUAUAGAAGUUGCCACAUACUAACCCCCCCCCCAGAGCAAAUGUUUUAGGGUUACCAGAGUAACUGAUACCUUACAGGAUAUCUACCUAAUAUUCAAAGUGUCUUAAUUGAAUAAAUAUUUUUGUUUAGACAGAUUCAUUCAAGAUGGGACAAGACUUUGUUAAAAAUUCUCCUGGCAGUGUGGACAGUUUAAGCAAUCUGGAUCUGCAUUCCGGUAUGCUGAACCUGGAUACCAGAAGCAAAGUUCUAUCUUCGGAAGCUGGUCACUGCAUUAGCAGUAGCAGAACUCCUCUAAGUGCCUCAAUGGAAGGACUGUUGGUGCAAGAGGCGUCCAAAAUGCAGUGCAUAAACCAGACGUUUUCAACCAGCAGCAGUAGCAAUAAGGAUUUUACCAGUAAUCAGAAGCAUCUGAUAAGUGGAAAAAGGGACAGUUUACAAAGAGAAUCUUUAAGAUUCAUGAAAGGGGUGAUGGAUGAAUGUACUCAUGUAGCUAAUUUUUCAGGUACAUGUUAUUUUAACACAGUUUUGAAAUUGUUCUUUUUGCUGCCCUCUGCCUACUUCCACCCUGUUAAGUAAUACUUCUGUUUUUUAUGUUUUCUUUCUCCAAAUUUUCAUUUCUGCAUUUCUAAUCUCUGAGCACAUAAAGCAUUUAAACUUGAUUUUUUCCCCUUUCUUCUUUAUAUCCAGUGGUGUCUAGUUUGUCUCAUAGUACUAGAAAUGUAGCUUAUAUCGUAAGUUGCAUAGUCUGUGGAGUUAUUUGAAGCCUCACAUGAUCACUAACAGCAUAAUUCUCUGGUCUGCACAAGGCAAAAAGCAGAUAGGGUUGAACACAGCCGUUGCUUCAUUGUAAAUUAUGGUGAACUGGUGGAACAGCAGCUAGAUCAAUACCUAUCAACAUGCAAAGCUUUGUGUGAGCAGAGAAUGUAUAGCAGUGGCUAGUGACAUAAAUAUAAGUGGGACUAGGGCUCCUUGUUCUGCAAGGCGAGGACCAAAACAUAUUGAAAUGAAAAAAUUGAGCACCAGGGCCAAUUAUUCUCAACAAAGCCCAGCAGAAAAACAAAAUGCAAUACUGUGCCAUAGACCAUGCAACAUGUUGAAAUGAUAGGGCAUGGCCAUAGACAAUACCCCACUACCCCAUGUGUCUAUGAACCAAAAAGGGGAAAACACAGGGAAGGAGGCCACAAGGUCAACAUGAGACCAUUGCAGAUCACAAGAUGAUGCUAACUUAUACUAGAGCAGGUUAUUAGGCUAUAAGGUGGUUCUUCAGCAGGAUCAAGAAAGCUGGUUUCAUGUUCAGAACUUAUUGUAUGUGGACUAAUUUUCCUUUGCUGUUCGUUCCCAUUCCUGUGUAAUCUAACAUAAGCUACUGACAGUGUUGCUUCAGCAGUAAAAGAGAACUAAGGCUACAUUAAAUAGUUGCCAUUUGCUGAAGACAUAAUUGUGAAUUGUGGAUUCCCAUGCAAUUACCUUGUAAUUUUAACCUUUCUGUAACAUUGUCUUCCGAACUAAAGAUAGCAUAUUUAGCUUUAAAGAGCUUUGUUCCUUGUUCUCAGUUCCAGUUGAUCCAACACUGAUCAUAGUAGUUCAAGCCAAGGAGGAUGCUUAUGUUCCAAGAACUGGUGUACGUAGCCUUCAAGAAAUAUGGCCCGGAUGUGAAAUAAGAUACUUGGAAGGAGGUCAUGUUAGUGCAUACCUUUUCAAACAAGGGUUGUUCAGGUGAGGCAUUGAUUAAGCAAUGAAAAUCAAACAAAUUUUUAUACUCUACUACUACUGCAUCUCUUAAGUGCUAAGUAUACAUAUUUUGUUGUGGCAGUCUAAAAGUUGCCUGCAUUCAACAGACUUAGGCCACUUCAAAGCUAGUAAUGUCAUGGUUUUGUGCUAUGUAAACAAGCUGAACUGAGUCUUGGGCUUAUGGACUCCUGUCUCCUCAGUUUGAGCCAGGCUUGUUUUAACAAACCAUAGUUUAAAAUAACUAUAGAGUUCCCACCUAGCUUGGAUGUAGUCUGAAACAGAAAAUGUAUACUGCCAGGUUGUUACAACAGUGAAGUGGUGGUGUAUAAACCUAGGUUCUCUUCUCAUUUAUUUAGUGCUAAAUGACAGCAUUACAUCUGAAAUGAGCUUUAUUUCCUACUCAGUUCUGUUUUAUAUUUCAGUUGUUGUAUUUGUUACUCCUAAAUUAUGGAUUUCUGAGAUUUGUGGCCUUGUUUAUAAUUGGCAGGAAGUACCCAGCAUUGCCCAGGAAUUUUAAAAAACACUUUUGUUGUGUGUUUUAUAAAUGGAUAGUGUGAGUUUUGACUCAUGACACUCAAAAUAAGUGAAGUCACACCAAGUCAAGUUUGGUCCAUCAACUUGAAUUAAAAUUAUGUCCAUUGUUCAAAUGUCAAUGAAGACUGCUGCACUCCCCCCGCCCCCCCGGACCUGGAACCCUCAUGCUGGGUUUGGUGAUGAUUUAUUUAGAGGCAGCCAAAUCAAUGCCAAAAAAAUUCCGAAGUCCUGUAUUGCUCCGCUAAAUUGAAUCAAAAUGGCACCUAGCAUCCAAACAUUGCUGAAGACAACUGCCCCCACCCUGGCAACUUUCAUGCCAAGUUAGGCAACAGUAUUUCAAGUGGUGGCUGAAGAUAUGCAAAAAAAUGGGCAUAGUCGUGGCAAAGUUGUGUUUUAUUCCAUCAUUUCUAUUUUAAACUGGCAUGCUGAAUUCAAACAUCAAUGUAGGCCACCACCCCAAUUCAGGAACCCUCAAUUUUGGCAACUAUAUCUCAAGAAGUAUCCGAAUGCUGAAAACAGACAAAUGGACAUUUUUCUAAAAUUUAUAGUAGAAGCAGGUGCUAAAAUCUUUUGUUAGAACACUGUGCUGCAUCUGGACAAAAAAAUCUUGUAAAUUAUUAGUGUACCCUCAUUAAUUUUGUUGAUCUUCUCUUUCUCUUAGACAAGCUAUAUAUGAUGCCUUUGAACGCUUUCUCCAGAAAUAUGCUGUAUAG